CCGAACAGCGCUGCGACCGGUGACUGGCUGGGGCUUUGUUAACUAUUCAUGAAGGGGCGGCCCGAGUCGGGGUGCCUUUGUUAACCAGGGAGGGCGCGGCUGCUGGGAUUUUCGCCGCGGGCUUCACUGAGCUGCGCCGGGUUUCCAGAUUGGGGUCGAGAUGUCCUACAUCCCGGGCCAGCCGGUCACCGCCGUGGUGCAAAGAGUUGAAAUUCACAAGCUGCGUCAAGGUGAGAACUUAAUACUGGGCUUCAGCAUUGGAGGUGGAAUUGACCAGGAUCCCUCCCAGAAUCCGUUCUCAGAAGAUAAGACAGACAAGGGCAUUUAUGUCACACGAAUAUCUGAAGGAGGCCCUGCUGAAAUUGCCGGGCUGCAGAUUGGAGACAAGAUUAUGCAGGGAGGAGCUGAAUUGGGCCACAGACCAAAUGCCCAGAGCUGCAAGUCCUGCCACAGGCUCUUGGAGCUUUCACACUGGACACUUUCAGAAAGGGCAAGAAGAGAGAAGAGCAGAGGAGGAAAGUCUGAACCCAUGCUGCCCACAGCCUCUCUGGAAUGCCUCCCAUCUUACUAGCCUCCAGGGACUUCACAUAAAGCUGGGCAGGUUACCUUUUCCGCCUCCAGUUGGUGACCACCUGAGGGUAGAAGGAGAUGGACCAGGCCACAAAGUAAAUCCAGCCAAUCACCUGGUUUAUGAUGCUCACGGUGUUGCUGUGGAUGACCAAGAAGCGGAUCCUCGGGCUAGAAGAAUUUGGGGGCUGAGACGAGCUGAGGCCUGGGCUUGAAGGAAAGCCCCAUGUACCCAACGCUGCCUGCCCCCCAUCUCAUCAUUUAAGGCCCAUGUGGGCUGAGGUCAGCCUACCCGGUCUGGUUGGAAUGAUUUCCAUGCAGAUAAACAGUAACUUGUCCAACAUUUUGAGAGAUCACUUGAAAAGAGGAAUCUGUCACUCCAGGAGGCACCACAACCUGUUAAAAAAACUGAAUUUGAUCUGGUGCUACAGUUACUAGGAUCUCACCGAGUGUCCAGCUCCAGGUUACUCGCUAGGGACUGAUGGGGCAGAUCACACACGGUCCCUGCCUUUCAAGAGCUUACUAAUAAGAGGGAGAAACCAGCUACCUGCCCUCCCCCAAUACCUGUGUCUCAGAUGUUCUGAGCAGAACAACAGCCCUGUCCUCAGGCUCUCCCCUACCUCAACUACCAGAGAAGGUGGAAUAGCUCUUCUCCUCUUACUAACCACGCGAUCUCAGGCAAGUUAUUCAAGCUCUGACCUCAGUUUGCUCACCUGUACAAGGGGAUAACAGAAGUGUCUACUUAUCAAAAGCUCUGCUCCAAGAAACAGUACUUGGAGGCCUGCCUGCAAUAUCUGAUCUCCCAGUCACCUCCCGACAUUCUCAAAUCUCCCAAGUGUGGCUGGGAGCAGAGUGAUACCUUCCCUGAACCAACUGCCUCCCCCUCUUUGUUCCUUGGAUAUCGCUCUGGGCUCCAGACCUCCACCAUACCAAGGCUUUGUGAGGAUGCAGCCAUUAGAAUUCAGUGGCUUCUUUAGGAGGACCCUGGAAGGACUGUCUUUUUGUUUUUACACCGGAAAUCAGGGGGCUUUGGCAGAACAAGUGAAAUGGUAUAAGCGGCGGCUGCAAAGCCCAGAGUCCGAGUCACGGCCCACCUCUUGCAAGCUA